AAAAAAAUGGCUUUAUUGUUAUUCGAAAUUUAGUUAAACCUGAAGACCUUGAACGUUUUCGAAAACGUUUUCAAGAUGUUUGUACAGGUAAAGUUGAAACAUUUGGUAUGACAAUAAUGAAAGAUAUCGCUAUUUCAAAAUCGGAAUUUGCUGAUGGUGAAAAAGCUAUAACAAAAAUUCAAGAUUUUACAUUAGAUGAUGAAUUAUUUAAAUAUUGUUGUUUACCUGAAAUUGUUAAACAUGUUCAAAGUUUUACUGGUCCAAAUGUAAUGGCUAUGCAUACAAUGUUAAUUAAUAAACCACCAGAUCCGGGUACUCAAACAUCACGACAUCCACUUCAUCAAGAUUUGUAUUAUUUUCCAUUUCGACCAGCUGAACGAAUCGUUUGUGCAUGGACAGCAAUGGAACAUAUACAUCGUGGAAAUGGUUGUCUAGUUGUUCUACCUGGUACACAUAAAGGUGAACUACUGGAACAUGGAUAUCCAAAAUGGGAGGGUGGUGUUAAUAAAAUGUAUCAUGGUAUCCAACAGUUUGAUCCAAAUGCAGAACGUAUACAUUUGGAAAUGUGGGAAGGUGAUACUGUAUUCUUUCAUCCAUUACUUAUUCAUGGUAGUGGAAUGAAUAGAACAGAUGGAUUUCGAAAAGCUAUUUCUUGUCAUUAUGCCGAUUCUGCAUGCGAUUAUAUUGAAUGUGAAGGUGUACAAGAAUAUAUUUCAAAAGAAGUAACGGCAGUCUUUAAAAAACGUACCGGUAUUGAAGAUGCACGUUUUCAAGAUGUUUGGAGAGUUAAAAGUCGACUUGUGGCAGGUGAACGAAUAAAUUUAUAA